AUGAGCCAAAAGGACCACCCUCAGCCUACGACGCGCCUGCACGCUAGCAGAAACCUUGUUCGCCGAGCCCGCAAGUUAAGAAAGCUCGGAGUUGGAUUAGCUAGAUGCCUCCAUCUUCGAAAUGAUACCAGGGACUUCCUCUGGGUGGACAGCCAAAGCGAGGCCAGCCGCGGCUCGGCUGGGGCCAAGCUCAAGCAAUUUUUCAUCAAGAAGCGGCUGGUCGAAUCUUGGAAAGCGCAGCCCAAAUAUACUCCGUAG